AUGUCUGGCCACGAAGGUGGCAAGAAAAAGCCCCUGAAACAGCCUAAGAAGCAGGCCAAGGAGAUGGAUGAGGAAGAUAAGGCAUUCAAACAGAAACAAAAAGAGGAGCAGAAGAAACUGGAGGAACUAAAAGCGAAGGCCACGGGGAAGGACCCCCUUGCCACAGGUGGAAUUAAGAAAUCUGGCAAAAAAUAAGCUGUUCCUUGUGCCUGAGAUGAUGGUGAUUGAUUCCUAUUUAAACAUUUAUGUUCCAGGCUGUGCCUGUGGCUCAACGGAGUAGG